AUGGUUACCGCACUCGUCACAGGCUCUAGCCGGGGUCUUGGGCUCGGCUUCAUACGUCAGCUCCUUCUGCGCCCCCAGUACAAGCGGAUCAUCGCUGCUGCUCGGAUCAUCGAUGAGGCGGGCGAGCUCUGUCGGCUCAGAGAUGAGAGUGAAGGGAGGAUAGGGGUCGUCAGGUUGAGCGAGGUAUCGGAUGUUGAGAGCUGCCAAAGAUGUGCUGAAGAAGUCAAAGCUGCCGCACCGGAAGGAAUCAAUGUCUUGAUCAACAAUGCCGGCUUUGCGAAUCAGCCAAAGCCCAUGACACCGCUCGAUCUCACGACUGUGGAAGGAGCGGUAGACUUUCAUCGCACCUGGUCGGUUAAUGCAUAUGGACCACUGCUCUUCUCGACCACUCUCCUCGAUAACGGCCUCCUUGUAGGGUCGCCCGCAGCAAGCGACGCUGGCCCAUCCACAAACUCCACAUCACAGCCUCCAAUCAUAUGCAACAUAUCCUCCGGACAGGCAUCCCUCACCCUCGCCAACGAGCUCUGGACAGGCGGGUCGGCAAGGGACGAGCUGUACUUUCACCCUAUCUACGCGUGUAGCAAGGUGGCGCUGAGCGGGGUGACUAUGCACAUGGCCAGAAUCUUACGUGACCGGGUCAUCGUUGGGCAAAUACAUCCUGGGUGGAUCAAGACAACGAUGGGGCGGACGUACGCGAAUCUGACAGUUGAUGAGUCGUCAGGCAAAGUACUGGACGUGAUAUCAACUUGGAAGUCGUUGAAGCAGAGCGGGCAGUAUCUGAACGAAGAGGGGCAGCGUCUGCCUUGGUAA